AUGCGAAACCAGGACUCACAGCAGACAGUAACGCAAGCUUCGCAUCAGCAUCACCAAACAGUUCAACCUCAGGCAUAUAAAAUAACGAAUCAGCAAUCUCCCGAUCGAGUACAAAACCAAAAAACGCAGCCACAAUCAUUGCAAAAUGAGCCGAAACCAACUGCACAAAGUCAAACUUCACAAGAACAAGCAUCUCAAAAUAUUCAACAAGAAACAUCUGCAAUUUCGCAACAGGAAACAUCACAAAAGGAGCAGCAGCAAGUCACACAAGCUGCACUACAUCAACCAGGUCAGAAUCUUACUCAGCAAGGAUCACAAACUCCAGCUCAGCAAGUACCACAAACUUCAGCUCGGCAAGUACCACAAACUCAAGCUCAGCAAGUACCACAAUCUCCAACUCAGCAAGAACUACAAACUCCAGUUGAGCUAGGAUCACAAACUCCAAAUCAGCAAGAGCCACAAACUUCAGUUCAGCAAGAGGCACAAGCUCCAGUUCAGAGAGGUUCACAAGCUCCUACUCAGCAAGCACCUCAAAUUCCAGUUCAGGUGUUACGUCAAACUCCACUUCAACAAGGACCACAGAGUCCAGUUCAGCUUAGACCACAAAUGCCACUUCAGCAAACAUCACAACCUCCACUUCAACAAGGGCCCCAGUUCGUUCAAAAUUCACCUUUUUCAUAUAAUCUCUAUCCGUAUCCUUCAGCAUCUUCUUCACCUUAUGUAUUACAACAGCGGAUCCUUAGGUCAGAUGAAUAUGCUGAUUUACAGAGACAGAUGCAAACGCAAAAUUCAUCACAACAAAAACAAGGCUCAUCCGAUAAAGAGAAUAAAUCAACAGAAGAGGGGAAAUCAACACAAGAGAAACAGGCUACCCACCAACCAUACGGCAAUCAACCAAUAUAUUAUGCUGCCUACCAACCUCAAAUGGUUUCUGGACCUCCGCCACCUUACUCUGCCACUUCAUACCAUCAUGGUUAG